GUUUUGGAAAUAUCAAUUAAUAUACCCUGAGACAUAAUUAUAAGAGGAAUAAAUGUACAAAUGCACAUACAGUGGCAGACUGGAACCAGUCUUUGGUUGGCACAAUGUAGUGUUAGCCAAAUUCUAGAAUCUUCUCAGGAGAGCCUUUUUGUAUAGAUGCAAUGUGUAAUUUGAAUAUUGGAAGAGAGAAUAUGUUAUUUUGUACAGUCAUUUAAGAUCUAUACUGUGCUAGUCCCUGAACAUGGUCAAUACAUCAAUUCUGCUUCCUGAAAUUGCAAGCCAGAUCUAAAUCACAGCCUGAGCCUUCCAGGCAUGUUAUCAUGGAAAGCUCUCCAUUGGUAUUGACAGUUGGUGCACUCAACAGCAAGACUAUGAAGCAGGCGGCCCAGUUCUCUUGCCACCCUGCAGGGUGUGUGACAUUGGGAAUUUCUGUAAUGGAAAGGUGGUAGCAUUUUCUAAAUAGAAGGGACCAAUUUGAAAUUACAGCACUAUUCCCUCAUAGUUGUGUGGGUAUAAUUCAGCAGUGCUGUUUCACAUACAUAUUUCCCAUCUGUACAUGGACUAUGAAGAGGAUGAUGAUCUUUCCUUUGCAAAAUGGAUGAGUAGUUUCUGGGGCCAUAGUGUGACUGAUGAAAGAGAGAGUAGAGCACACAGGAAGCAGCAGACAAGAUCGCUGAGUGAAAGGAGAGCCUCUCUUCCGGCCAAGCUUUCUUCCAUCCAUAUGACAAGGCUUCAUGGUUCUACCAAGAUCCCAUCCUCAGGCCACCUAAAAGAAUUGCAAGAAGAUCAAGAUACAAAAUGCCAUUGUCAUAUGAAGGCAAGCAAAAAAUCCUCAAAUGGUAAUUCUUCCCAGGGGACAAGUGGACCAAACAGUAGAUCAAACUCCAUCCAGGAAUUUUCAGAAUCCUUUGAGAAGCAACUGCAUUUCAAAAACAAGCGCUCAGUUUCUUUGGAACCUGAAGGGAUGAAAGAGAGGAGAGAAAGAGAAAAACUGCAUAUUCCCAAGAGCAGGUCUCGUAAGAAAGUGGGAGAAAAGGAGCCAAAGAGAGAGCAAGGUGAAGGAGAACACAACACGGAAUUUGCAGCAGGGAGACAUAGUUAAUAAUUUCCAUGAUACCCAGGAAUAAAGAGGAAAUGUGUUUGUAUCCAUUAGGAUAGACUGACUUUUUAAAGAAAUGACGGUAUAAAAUAGAUUCUGACACUUAGUUUUUAUUCCCUGAAACUGCAAGUGUUAUAUAAGUAGAAUAAAGCAUAAAUGUUAAAAUUAAAAUACUUUGUAUUCCUUUGAA